GGCAUCAUCUCGUUCGUUGAGAAAGCAAUGGCUUUCAAAGACAGAUCAAGACGGUGGCCUAGCCAUAUAGCUGAAAAGUUUGUGCCCCCUUCGUUUUGGACUGAGGAUGCCAAGGGCAAUUAUCUUCUUUACAUUGUUCUGCCUGGUUUCAAACAUGAGGAGGUGAGAAUUGAGCUACCUUCGGCUGGGCAUAUAAAGAUUGAAGGAGAAAAGAUAGUGAAUGAGAACAAAUGCAUAUACAUCGACCAGACCUUCCCAUUGCCUGAGAAUUCAGAUCAGGAUAACAUCCUUGGGAAAUUUGAAGGUGAACGUCUCUACGUAACAGUCCCAAAGAUAUUAGCAGCAGAACAAAGUGAAGACGAGGAUAGCCGUGAGAAUGAUGAAAAUGACAACAGCACUGCAGAAGAAUCAAACAGCAACGAUGAAAAUCAAAGGAAACAUGAACAAAGUCAUGGUGCUAUACAGCGUCAUGACAGCAACAAGAAAGGAAAGAGAAAUGAAACUUGUCGUGUUGCCAGUUUCCCUAAGGAGAUUGUAAAGAAAUGGAACAAAGAAGAUAAUCCAUAGAGAUGGCAAUCAAGUGUCUUAAGAGAAAUAAGGGGCUUGUUCUUUCAGUUGUUAUAUUAUUUUCACUUGGGGUGUGGGUGUCGAAGCUGUUCAUCAACAAUGGAGAAAUAUAAUAAGCAGGCAGUUUGAUUUGCAUUAUUGUUGUUCGUACUUUAAUUAUCUUCUUAUGUAUUAUGUGAUCCACAUUGACAUCAACCUAUAUAUAUUUCUAUCAAAUGAAGAACUCUUGCAUGUCC